AUGUCCCCCAACAUCCGGCGUCGUCAUGUUCCCGAAUCGCAAUCAACUCCACCAUCUACCAAACAAAGCGACAGCCAUGAUUCUUCCGCCCAAGAUCACGAGCCGAACGGCCAGCCAGUAGUACAAAUAGUGCAAAAGCCCAAGACGCGGAAGCGCCGCAACACCUUCAUUUUCUUGCUCGGUGGCCUAUGUGGUCUGGUAGCAGCAGGCUUCUUCGCCUCGAGCAAUGACUUGAUUGAAUUCCCAGAGCUGCUGGGCGACCUCAGCAUGGCGACCUUUGUCGACAUCCUUCCAGCGGGCCUGAUUAGCGAUGUCAAGGAUCUGAUGCAGGGCGAGCGUGAUAUCGCGGAAGCCUACGACUCCUUCUAUGUUGGUCUCAAGGCACGCGCCGAAGGCCUGCAUGCGGAUCAUCCCAUAGUCAUGAUACCCGGCGUCAUAUCGACUGGCUUGGAGUCAUGGGGCACUGCCAAUGUCUCCCGAAGCUACUUUCGCAAACGUCUCUGGGGCAGUUGGACCAUGAUGCGCGCUUUGGUAAUGGACAAGGAGAAUUGGAAACGGCAUGUUAUGCUAGAUAAGAAUACCGGCCUUGACCCACCUCUGAUGAAGCUGCGCGCUGCUCAAGGAUUUGAUGCCACCGACUUUUUCAUUACUGGCUACUGGAUCUGGAACAAGAUUUUCGAAAAUCUUGCCACCAUCGGGUACGACCCAACAAAUUCUUACACGGCGGCAUAUGACUGGCGCCUGUCGUACCCCGAUCUUGAGGUACGAGAUCGUUACUUUUCCCGUCUCAAAUCUCAUAUCGAAGGCGCUUUGGCAACGGACGGAAGAAAAGUUGUACUGGCUUCACACAGCAUGGGUAGCCAGGUCAUGUUCUACUUUUUCAAUUGGGUGGAAUCUGAGCAUGGCGGACACGGCGGGAGUGACUGGGUUGAAAAGCACGUGGAUUCUUGGAUCAAUAUUAGCGGUUGCAUGCUCGGUGCUGUCAAGGACCUUACCGCGGUCCUGUCUGGCGAGAUGCGAGACACCGCACAGCUUAACGCCUUUGCCAUUUAUGGUCUCGAGAAAUUCCUGAGCAAGGCCGAACGAGCUGAAAUCUUCCGAGCCAUGCCAGGUAUCUCCUCCAUGCUUCCAAUCGGUGGCGAAGCAGUAUGGGGUGGCAGGGAUUGGGCACCGGAUGAUCUUCCUGGUCAAAAUACGUCGUACGGUUCUUUCCUCAAUUUUCGCGUUGAUUCCAACAGCACCUCUCUGAUGACAAACAUGACUGUUGAUGAGUCCAUCGACUAUUUGAUGAGAGUCACCGAGAACUGGUAUGCAGAAAAGAUCUCGAAGAGCUAUUCUCGGGGCAUUGCACAUACCACUGCCGAGGUCGAAAAGAACCAAAAGGACCCCAAGAUGUGGCAUAACCCGCUCGCAUCAAGGCUUCCCAACGCCCCAAGCCUCAAAAUCUUUUGCUUCUAUGGGGUUGGAAAACCUACCGAGAGAGGCUACUAUUACCGCGUUCCGGAUAUAUCAGAAACUGUACUGAAUAUUACGAUCGAUACUGAUUUUACAGGUGGGUCGGUAGACCACGGUGUAGUUAUGGGAGAAGGCGACGGCACCGUAAAUCUUCUGAGCACCGGUUACAUGUGCAACCGAGGGUGGCACAUGAAGCGCUAUAACCCAGCUGGCUCACGUAUCACGGUCGUUGAGAUGCCGCACGAGCCCGAGAGGUUUAAUCCUCGAGGUGGCCCGAAAACGGCAGAUCACGUCGAUAUCCUUGGUCGUCAGAACCUCAACGAGCUGAUAUUGAGAAUUUCGGCUGGCAAGGGAGAUACUAUUUCUGAUUACAUUGUAAGCGACAUUAUCCAGUAUUCGGAUAAGGUCAAGAUUUACGAAGAGGGUGAGGAGCCGAAGGGUGCAGGUAGAUAA